UUGACAUCUGCGCGUUCCUGCGUUUUGUAUUUUCGAUUUAAAUGUCCACUAAGCUCGUGGGCUGUCUCAUUUGUUUUCGCUUUAAAAUCUUUGUACGAGUCCCGUGGAUUCCGUCGUGAUUCCGGAAUCCAUUUUUCUGUAUCAUUUAUGGACACUGUUGAACACUCUCCGUGAGUGGGAUGUGUAGUGCGAUGUACGGCAGUCCCCGUGCGAUCGACAUCGUCGUGGCCGCCGUUAUAAUGGUUCAACGUCACUUUGAUCUCAAAUAGUUUUGGCUCUUGAUUUACUUAAAAUGGAAAGCUCAGCCUAUAUUCCCGCAGUCACUAAAAGUAUUCCGGCCAUGGACGUCAAAUUUUCUGAAGGUGAUGAAGAAAAGUCAAAAGCUCCUCUAAGUGAGGAAAUUGAGCCGGAACGUGGUAACUGGACGGGACGGUUUGAUUUCCUUUUGUCUUUAUUGGGAUACAGUGUCGGUUUAGGAAACGUGUGGCGGUUUCCUUAUCUUUGCUACAAUAAUGGCGGAGGUGCUUUUCUGAUUCCAUUUACGGUGAUGCUCGUGAUAGCUGGUCUGCCACUGAUGUUUAUGGAACUGUCUUUCGGUCAAUAUGCUGCUUUGGGUCCUGUUGCCGUUUACAACAAAUUCUGUCCUCUCUUUCGAGGGCUUGGAUACGGCAUGGUCAUUGUUUCUAGUAUUGUCAUGCUAUAUUACAAUCUGAUUAUAGCUUGGACAAUAUUUUACAUGACUGUCUCAUUUUCGAGUAUAUUCUAUCAAUUACCUUGGCAAAAUUGCAAGGCUGAAUGGAGUACAAAACAUUGCUACUCUUAUGAAGAAGCAGACGAAUGCGAAGCUCAAAACGGAACGUACUAUUUGAGACAAUGUUUCAACCAGAGCUAUUCAGUUUCACACAAUAUAACGGCCUUAGCCAAAACCGCGCUUAGAAGACCUCCAGCUGAAGAAUACUUUACGAACCAAGUGCUAGGUUUAUCGAGUGGAAUAGAGGAGACGGGCGAAAUUCGUUUGGGAAUGGCUAUGUGUUUGUUAGCUGCUUGGGUGAUUGUCUUUUUAUGCCUGUGCAAAGGAGUGCAGUCUUCUGGCAAGGUGGUUUAUUUUACUGCUCUGUUCCCCUAUGUGGUUUUGGUAAUCCUAUUUUUCCGAGGAGUGACAUUACCUGGCGCAAUUACUGGUAUUCUAUUUUACCUUACACCGGAUUUUAGUCAGCUAGCCAACGCUCAGGUAUGGGGAGAUGCAGCUGUUCAAAUAUUUUUUGCAUUAAGUCCAGCAUGGGGUGGUCUGAUCACACUUUCUUCGUAUAACAAAUUCUCUAACAAUUGCUAUAUAGAUUCCCUAAUAGUGGCCGUGUCGAACAUAGCGACUUCAUUUUUUGCUGGUUUGGUAAUAUUCUCAGUAAUCGGUUUUCUGGCACAUGAGUUAAAUGUGAGUGUAGAUCGCGUGGUUGAUCAGGGAGCAGGACUUGCCUUCAUCGUCUAUCCAGAGGUUGUGACAAGGCUGCCUAUUUCACCGCUUUGGUCCAUUUUGUUUUUUGUUAUGCUUUUGACCCUUGGACUGGAUUCACAGUUUGCAUUGAUGGAAACCGUUACAACUGCCAUAUUAGACAGAUUUCCCAACUUCCGCCAGAAAAAAGGCUGGGUAGUGUUUAUUGUUGCUGUUUUUGGAUAUCUAGGUGGACUCAUCUUUACUACGAACAGUGGUAUGUACUGGCUGCAACUGAUGGAUAAAUAUGCUGCGAAUUGGUCGGUCCUGAUCAUAGCCAUUGGAGAAUGCAUUCUCAUUGCUUGGAUAUAUGGUGCGGAGAAAUUCUGCGGGGAUAUUCAGCGUAUGAUUGGUCGUCAGUCCAAAUUGUGGGUGUACUUUUGGAGCGCUAUGUGGCGCAUUAUCACCCCCGCUGCAUUGGUGUUCAUCCUAGUGUUCAACUGGAUUGAGUACAAGCCUGCUUCGUAUGGGCACUAUGUUUAUCCAAUGUGGGCCGAUGCUGUGGGUUGGACAUUGGGAGUGCUACCCGUCGUCGUCGUUGUGCUGAUGGCUGUCGAUCAGAUUUGCAGUGGCCCUGAUGAUCUGACCAUAAUGGAGAAAGCACGAGUACUGGCACGACCGACUGAAGAAUGGGGUCAAGCGGGUUCUACGGCAACGUGCUUGUCUACUCUGCGCGUUGAAACAGAGCUUUCUCCGCCAGUGCUGCUUCUGCACGGACGUCCUGUGUUAAGGGAGCGUGGUGCUUGACCCCCGCAUCAUCCGCUCAUCGCUAAGCGGAAGAAAUCGCAAGAUGGAGGUGACUCUACAUCUGUUACGAGUGCAGCAGAAAAUGAGAUAAAAAAGGCUGAAGUGUCAAUAAUAAAAACUAAGAGAAACUCUAUCAAGAAAAA